CGAGUUUGGUCGUGCAGUGUGUUGCUAUCACGUACGUGAACACUAGCGAAUACCCAGAUAGUGACUUUGACAUCACAUGUCCAUGACAGAGUAUUAACAGUCUAACCUGCCGGUCGUCGAACUCACACUUGCGCUGAUUGCCCUGUACAUCUGCACCUAUCUAAUGGCUCGCUUCACGGGAGGACAAUUUCAACACAUUUCCGUAGUUUUCACAGCGUGUUUGUGUAUGACGAUAUUGGCAACGGGCACAUGUCAGCCAAAGUCAUACAGCGAAACCGUGAAUCAAGUGCUUGGUGAUGGUCAUACUUUAGGAACAAGUCAUGAGGAUCUAGACAAAAAAUUUGAGGACACGCUUGAACAAAUUGAAGGGAUAAAAUGGAAAGAUGUGGUUGCGGCAGGUGCUAGCUAUCUGGAGAAGUCCGCGGAGAUCGCAGUGGGGGUCACUCCUCAAUGUUCAAACGACACGGCGCUUCUGGUGGAGGGAUUGAUAGACAGGGACAAGUGGGCUCUUCAGUUCCUGGACUCAUUUGGGAAGCCCGGCAGUGGUUUGAUGCAGUACCAACUACACUGGCUCGGGUCAUAUGAUGAGUGCAUCGGCACCAACGUCGCGGUGGAGGAGGUGCUGGCGGACAACACGACGGUGGUCACACAGCCAUUCCGGAGUCAGUACUGCCUGGCAUCCCAUUCUGUAGCUCCACAGUUGUUUGUGCAGCUUGGAACGUGUUUCCCUGACUCCUGCAGUAACCGAGACGUGAUGAUGAUUCUCAAUGGAGUCCUAACAGAAAUAACCCCAAACUUGACAGUAAGCUCCGUCAUCUGCCAGGAAAGAGAGGUGCCCAUCGACUCUGCAGCCUCAGUUGUCAUAGUUGUGCUGAGUGUUUUUGCUCUCCUCCUGUUGGCUGGAACAGUGUUCGACAUUGUCUUCAUCCAGAUGCCCAAGUGGGAAGCUGAGAAACUGGAGGUCCCUGUGUCGAGUAACAGUAAAUACGGCUCUGAUCUCAUGGGACGGUCGGACGACAGCUUGUCAUCAGGGGAGCAGGCUCCGCUGCUCAGUGAACUCCUCAACAGGCAGGUAGAGGAGGCCUACAGUCCAGGUGUUGGUGGCAAGAUGCUUCUGGCCUUCUCUGUCUACACCAAUGGGAGCAAGCUGCUCAGCACAAAGCAAUCCUCCGACAGCCUGCGUGCAGUGCACGGGAUACGCUUCAUCAGCAUGUCGUGGGUCAUCCUCGGACACACCUACUUCUUCGGGCUUACAACAUUCAGAAAUGUUGUAACAGAGUUACCCAACCUGGUGAGUCGCUGGACAUUCGAUGCCAUCGAUAACGCCACCUUCUCCGUGGACACGUUUUUCCUUCUGAGUGGGCUGCUAGUGGCGUACCUAGCACUGAAGGAGCUGCAGAAAGGUGAAGGUCGUAUCAACUGGUUCAUGUUCUACUUCCACAGAUACUGGAGGCUGACUCCGCCCUACAUGCUGUUCAUGAUGGUGUAUGUUGUGCUGUUCAAGUACUGGGGGAGUGGGCCGUUCUUCCCCCAGACGAAUCCCAACCAUGUAUGCCGGAGCAACUUCUGGGUGAACAUGCUUUACCUGCAGAACAUUAUCAGAGCCGACAAUCAGUGUAUGGGAUGGGCGUGGUACCUUGCAAACGACAUGCAGUUCUACAUUCUCAGUCCUCUGAUAUUUGUGCCCUUAUAUUUCUCCAGAGUGCUUGGUGCUGCAGCAGCCGGCGUGUUCCUCCUCGCCACUUUCAUCACGACGGGGGUGGUGACAAGCUACUACUCCCUCCCCGCCAGCAUCAGCGACCUCCUGGGGGGAAACCCAGGGGCUGUGAACUAUACGACAAAGUACUACUAUAAGCCCUGGUGUCGGAUGGGGCCCUACAUCAUCGGCCUCGUUGCUGGCUACAUCCUCUACACAACAAAGUGCAAGAUAAGGAUGAACAGGGUCCUGUGUCUGCUAGGGUGGGCAUCCGCUGCUGCUAUAUGUCUGGCAGUGCUGUACGGCCUCGACGGCGCCAAUCACGGUCAUAAGAUGAGCCAUGGGGCCAACGCUCUGUACAACACUGUCGGACGCACGGCCUGGGCUGUGGGCGUGGCCUGGGUGAUCGUCGCCUGUGCCACCGGGAAUGGGGGCUUCGUGAACACCCUGUUGUCUUGGGAGGCCUUCAUCCCUCUGAGUCGCCUGACGUACUGCGCCUACCUGGUGCACCCCAUCAUCAUGGAGCUGUACUACUCAUCUCAACGCCAGCUGUUCUACAGCACAGACCUCAACAUGGCCUAUGCUUUCCUGGGCAACAUGGGCGUGUCGUACGGUGUCGCUGCCAUCCUCUCCCUCACGUUCGAAUCACCCAUGAUGGGACUGGAAAAGGCACUCUUCCACAAGAACAAGAGCAACUGAGCGAACCAACAGACUCCAACCUCUGGACCAAGACACAUCCCUGCCAAGAUGGCUUAUGAAAAAAUAAUUCAACUCUAUGAAUGGCAAAGUACAAAAAUAAUUCAACUCUAUGAAUGGCAAAGUACAAAAAUAAUUCAACUCUAUGAAUGGCAAAGUACAAAAAUAAUUCAACUCUAUGAAUGGCAAAGUACAAAAAUAAUUCAACUCUAUGAAUGGCAAAGUACAAAAAUAAUUCAACUCUAUGAAUGGCAAAGUACAAAAAUAAUUCAACUCUAUGAAUGGCAAAGUACAAAAAUAAUUCAACUCUAUGAAUGGCAAAGUACAAAAAUAAUUCAACUCUAUGAAUGGCAAAGUACAAAAAUAAUUCAACUCUAUGAAUGGCAAAGUACAAAAAUAAUUCAACUCUAUGAAUAGCAAAGUACAAAAAUAAUUCAACUCUAUGAAUAGCAAAGUACAAAAAUAAUUCAACUCUAUGAAUGGCAAAGUACAAAAAUAAUUCAACUCUAUGAAUGGCAAAGUACAAAAAUAAUUCAACUCUAUGAAUAGCAAAGUACAAAAAUAAUUCAACUCUAUGAAUAGCAAAGUACAAAAAUAAUUCAACUCUAUGAAUGGCAAAUGUACA